UCUUCCCCAACAGGCCAAAAUCCUAGGAAGGUUCGGUGUUCGACAAGGUUAGGUUUGUUUUCCAUUAUGCAUGUUAGUUUGCUUUGGAAUCUAGUCUGUAAAUGAGAAAGUAUAACCCUAAAAAUAAACCUUGUUAAGUUUAUGGUUAUUGCUUCGAAUCCAAGAACUUGUUAAUGAUGUAUAUGAGCAAAAGAGAAAUGGUGGCAGAUGAAGGGAAACAAAAAAAAAAAACAGAUUUUAAUAGCAAACUCAUCUAACCAUAUGUACUUUUAUCUUCUUAUUAUUACAUCCAUACACAUAAUAUCAUAACCUAUACAUAUCCAAUUUUUAGUAAAUUCCAGUCAUAUUUUCUAUUUUUCACCAUUAGAAGAACAUGACCAUGUUUCACUUUCUAUCACUUUUCUAAAUAUAGACACUAGCCCCAUGACUUUGAAUAGGUCAAAAUCUCUUUCUUUCUCUUUCUCUCUCCUCUCUCAUUGUCUUUGUCUUAUAUCAUCUUGUCUCUCCUCCCUCAUUUUCUCUCCAUUCUCCUGUAUUUCCUUUCCACCAGGAGAAAACUAAGGAACCGAUAACUCGCAAACCCAUCAAAACAAAAAAAAAAUGCCAUCAGGCAAACCUUCUUCUUCUGUCUUCUCUUUACAUCCCAAACCAACACCAUUAAAACCUUCAAGCAGCGCCACCAGCAACAACAACACCACAAACCAAGCAUGCGCGGCUUGCAAAUACCAACGUAGAAAAUGUGCUCCUGAUUGUCUUCUCGCUCCUUACUUCCCUCACGACCGUCACCGCCAAUUCCUCAAUGCUCAUAAGCUCUUCGGUGUAAGCAACAUCACCAAGAUCAUAAAAGACCUUAGCCCUCCUGAUAAAGACGCGGCUAUGUAUACAAUCAUGUUUCAGUCCGAUGCUCGUGCGAAUGAUCCCAUCGAAGGAUGUUAUAGCAUCAUUAGAAAGCUUCAGUACCAGAUCGAAUACUCAAAAAACGAGUUGGACAUGGUUAUUCAGCAAUUGGCUGUGUUCCGUAAUCAUCAUCAAGAACCGCAUAUUCAGAUUCAAGAACCUGAGGAUCUCUCGAGUUUUUCGAGUUCUUGUGAUCUAAACAACAACAACUCGAUUACUUACAACUACCCUCUUCAUCAUGUCCAAGAACCAGUUCAACAGCAACAAGAACAACAACAAUAUUGUGCUUCUGGAAACUUUAAUGGGUUACAAGAAGACAUGUGGUGCCUCCAACUUCAAGAUUCAUCAACGACGGUGAAUAUGAAGGGUGGCUUCAUUGAUGAAUGUGAGGACGUUAAGCCUGUGGAAGAGGUUUCCAGUGAAACACACGAGUUCGAGCAUCAUCAUGAUGAUUUCGUUGAAGAACCAUACAUCAUUUCUUCUUAGCUUUUCCUUUUUCUUUUAUUCUAUUGGAUUUAUUAUUUUCUUGAUUUUAGAAUCAUUUUUCUAGGGCUAACAAAAUCUCCUUUCGCUGAUCGAUCUCAACAGUUAUUUUUUAACUAAAUUUGUUUUCUUUUGGAUUAUUUUUGUAUCUCAUUUUGGUAAAAUUUGUUAAUAGGAAUGUUAAAUGUGAAAGAAGCAUGGAAUCUUCAAGAUAAAUGUUACACAAGAAUUUGAUGGAAUAAAACACAUUUUAAUAGCUUAUGUAUGAAAUAAUGUUCAAUAAUAAAAACUAGAUGAUAACUCGCAUGCAUGCGCAUUUAGUUUUUAUAAUAAUGUUUGUUCGUUUUAAUAUUUUGCAACACUACAAUCUUUGUCGAUUGUAAAAUGACGAAUACAAAUGUUGAUCUCUUAAAUGUAUCAUCGUUGUAGAAUAGUUAAUGUAUUACAACUCAUUUUAAUUAUUUUUAAUAUUUCAUAUGCACAAAAAAAAAAUUAAUUUUUGCGGCUGACAUAAAUCACCAAAACCAAACAGGCAAACAUCAAAUGUAUACUGACGAAAGGGAAUUGGGUAUUAUGUUCUCGAUUUGUUUACUAUUGACUCUUCAUAAGUGAAUUUAUUUCUAUCUCUAUAAAAUUGUGUUUUCGCUCUCAUCUCUGUUUCAUUGAUAUGAAUUUUUAGUUUUUUUAAAAAACUUUUUCUAUAAAUUCGGUGAAUUACUUAAGUGUUAAUUUAAAAUGAUGGACAUCUGUAAAAGUUAGUUCUACUCCAGAUAAAUAUCUAAGAAUCAAAAAUUUGAAAAAAAUCACCGGUAAACUCUAUUAACAAGUUAGUAUUCAAAUCUAAUAUAUCAAGCUGUUAUAGAAUACAAGUGUAGACUCAAAAUAUAAAUGUCUGUCUAGUAUAUAUUCACUAGUUCGGUCUAAGAAUCAUCUAAUUCUAGAACAACAAAACAAAUUACUUAUUUUAUUAUUCUACGCUUUUGAGGUUUAGUUAUUUAAGAGUAUGCAUAUAAAAUAUAUAUAUAAUACUUUACCAUUCUAGUAUAUGUAAACUAUGUAUAAACUAAGAACUUUUUGAUUUAUUAAAUGAUAAACCAGAAAAUUUAUAAUAAAUAGUUCAAAUCUCUCAUUCUUAUAAUUAUAAUAGUGAGAUAGGGUAUUAGGGAGAAACAAAUAUUAGACGAAUGAUCAAAUCUAUUAUUCUUCGAACAAACUCAAAAGGAGAUGAGAUGAAUCUUGUCACGAAAUUUUAUUAAAACUUUUUAAGAAUAAAAAUCAAGACUAAAUUAUUUAUUCUGAAUGAAAUAAUAUAUUAAGUGCUUCCACUUUUAAAAAAUGACUUCGAUUCGAAGAAGUGUGUUUCUGGGAUUGUCAGGAUCAAAUAAGAUAUUUGAAACCGCCUAUUUAAAAAUAAUUUGUAUGUAUAAAAAUAUAUACAUUAGAGUAAACACAUAAAUCAAACCCCAUACAUUUUGUUAAUUUACAAUCACGUUUUUGGUAAAUAAAUAAAAAAAAAUCAUUCUAUUUACUUUAUAUGGAAUAAAUUAAACACAACUCUGCUAUCCUUUAGCAUUUUUAAGAUUCAAUUUUCACCUCUAUAGUUUAUAUGCACAACCCUGUGAAUUCAGUGUUCUGAGAUAAGAUUUCUCUUUAAAUCUGGUACAUACUUCACUUGUGUCAGAAUCACCAUUGUUCCAUCCUCAUUUAGGAUCUUUAUACUUCCUAAUCCUUUCACUGAUGAUGUUGUGUCAUUUCCCAUCUUGAUUAUCCGUGUGAUAUCUUCAUUCAAUUCAUCAAACCACUCUUUCUUGAGUGUCAUGUGGUAAGAACAACCUAUGUCCAUGAUCCACUCUUUAGUGAUAUUGACAUAGAUACAUAGUAUAUUUUAAUUUAAAUAUUUAUUAUUGACAUUUUCUACUCAUAUAAUUUUUAACAUUUAUAUAUUUUCUGUAACAAAAAUUUAAACCAUUAAUAACAAAUUUUUUAAUAUGAGACUUUUUAAUACAAAUUUCAAAAUUUAUUUAGUAUGUAAUUUAUUUCAAAUGAUAUUAAAAUAUCUAUAUAUAUAUAUAAUAAGAAUAUAUAUUAAUCAUACUUCAUAUUCAUACGAUUUAUUAAGGCAGGACAUUUUAUCUGAUACCUAAACAUGUAUCUGACUCCGAUCCAAAAAUCCGAAAGUAGCAAAAUACCUGAACGAUUAUUGAAUUCAGAGAUAUUGGAUAUCUGAACCCAAGCAGGUAAUACCCGAACCCAAACGGGUAAUAUCGAAACCCUAUCGAUGGAUAUCCGAAUAUAACCAGUUAUAAGUAUACUUAACUCUAUAUUUCUAGUUUACUUCUUUCAUUUUAUUCACAAUAUUUAUAUUAAUGAUCCACAUUGCUCAAAAUUAGAUAAUACACAUAUAAUUAUGGGAAAAAUCCUAUGCUACUCACUUAAAAUACAUAUCAAGCUUUUGUUUCUUGCAUCAACAAAGGUUGCAUCUAAAAUUUCAAAACAACAACUAAAUCAAAACAACAACUAAAUCAGUGUCUUUCAAUUUUUAAAGUUUUAUUUCCAAACCUAUUAAUAGUUUAAUCUUCUAAAAGUUAGAAAACCAAUUAAGUUAAAAGUAUAUUUUAAAUACAGAAAACUUAAACAAUGAACAUUUAUUUAUUUUUUUCUUCAAAAUUUAAAUAUUCGAACCCGGCCCAAAAUAUCUGAACCUAAACAUAAAAUACCUGAACCCGACCCGAAGUGUAGAAAUACCCGAAUGGUUUCUAUACCUUUAUACUAAAAUACCAAAAAAUUCUAAAUACUGAUACUGAUACUAACCCGAACGGGUAUUUGAACGCCCACCCCUAUGAUAUAUGAUCAUUUGUAUCUUGUUUGAACAAAAAAAAAUUAAACCAUUGAUCAUAAAAUUUCU